GAACUAUAAAAGGAGUGAUAGCGCCCAACGAAAGAAUGAAACCUGAAAUUUUGUAUAUUGCUAUAGCAGGACUCGCUGGAACAAUAGUGGCUAGAAAUCGAAAUAUUCUAUUUCGAAUCGCCAGUCCAUUAUUGUUCACCGUCGCAGCUUCGUAUUACUUUAUCCCUCAGACAACACGCAAUAUCGCAGCCAAAAUCCAGGAACAUGAACAUGUUGCUAAAAUAUACGAGUCUGUAUCAAAUACAGCAAAAGAGUCAAGAUCUAAAGCUAAUUUGGCCAUCACUGAUUUGAAGGGCGAUCAAUCAAAGAAGAAAAGUGAUUAA